AUGGUCUUUGGAGAGUGCCUUUCAGUCUAUCUAAAGCACAUAAAAUCAAAGUCCUCUUUCAGCAACAUGUAUGUGGCCAGUGUUUACAAAGCCAUCGGCACCUUCGUGUUCGGGGCUGCCAUGAGCCAAUCGCUCACUGACAUCGCCAAGUAUUCGAUUGGUCGGCUGCGACCUCACUUCCUGGACGUGUGCAAGCCAGACUGGAAGCUGAUCAACUGCACGGCAGGUGCCUACAUCGAGGACUUCACCUGCACCGGGGAUACGCACAUGGUCAACGAGGCCAGGUGGGUGUUGUUGAGGGGAAACUGACAGUUGGGCCCUUCUAACCCUUCAGUAUUUACAGAUCGGGUGGGUAUAAGGCAUAUCUGAUGAGUCUGGAAAGGUAUAGGCAGUGAAGUGGUGAAGCUUCCAUCUUAUGCCUAAAAGGUUUUGCACGGUCAAUCCGAAGUCUGCAGUGGCCGUACAGCAUUUACUGUGAUGCAGCCUCCGUAGAAGUCGGAGCAUUCAUACUUCUGCACCGCACCACUCGUAGUGAUUCAGGGCUAAUCUCUAUAGCCAUCCAGCUAAUUACAAGCAACUGGCUAAAUGAAAAGACAAGACCUUAACUCUUCUGAGAUGUUGGAGUCUGUUUCCCGGUGCUUGACAUAGAUCAGCCAAGGUAGCAUGAAGUAAAAAGACUGCACUGUUUUCCCACCUGCAUCUCCAUCCCGAAUCGCCCCAAAAUGUGCCUACAUUUAGGCUGUUCAUUACACACUAUGUUGAGGUAAAAAUCGGAGUAUAAUGCUUACAUGCAUGUCAGCCCCAAUAUAUGUUCAUGUCAUCGUCAAUCAACUGCAUUACAGUUAAAAACGACUUUGACUACCACCACCGAUUUCUGUAUGCUAGCUAUGCUACCAGCUUAUACGAAUGGGUGUUAGCGUUUAGCAGUCACUUUUUCUAAACCUGAAAAGGGACAACUUCUAAAUGUUAUGCAGCGAAAACAGCCAAAUAUAUCCAAAUCGAAUUUUAGUAACCACAUUGUGGGCCUGUUACAAUACAUCAACCAUGACGGAUUUGACAAAAAUCCACUUUGUUAGAUAAGAUUUGUUGAAAGUGCGCCAAUCCAGCGUCCUCCUAUCCCCCACGGUCUGCAUUCCAUUGACCUCUUUACCGCAUCUACCCCCAUUACCUCCCUGAUCUCUUUCCAGGAGUUCAAAUUCAUUUUAGUGUCUUAGAAAUCCCUACACGAGGUAUCAUAAAAUGUGUUUUAUUUGUGAACUUGUUUGAUAGCCUUUUGUCAAAUUUCUCCAUGUUUGUUGUCAAGGAAGUUAGUUUGUGUUUAUACAGGAUGUACCGCCCCCACCUACCGUCAACCAAUCAUGUCAAUGCGGAGCUAUACGGAGCUCUCUGCAUUGUUACAAAAUUUGGGAGGCGCACAGCGAUGCGGUACAGAGCUCGAUUUGGCCUCCGCAAGCCUCUGGAGGCUCCGCAGUUGUGUCACACCCUCCGUACAGCAUUGUUGGAUCAAGCAUAAAUUGACUUUUACAGCUCUGCAAACAUCAAAGGAAGGGGUAAGGAACGAUUUGGGAAAGGCUGGGAUGCUUGUUACAAAUCGUCUGACUCAAUUAUGAUAUCACUGAAAUAUAAUAUCUCCUGCUUUACUGCUGAUAAUGUUCUGUUCAUAGAAAUAGAAUCCAAUAGGUAUGGUUCUGAUAUGCUGAGUGCUGACCAUGAGAUCAUUGUUGAGUAAGGCAAGCCCACACUUUGAAGUUUAUAUUAGGCCCAAAAUGGCUCCCUAUUUAGUGCACACCUUUUCACCAGAGCCCAUAGCAAAAGUAGUGCACUAUAUAGGGAAUAGGGUGACAUUUUGGACGCUGGCCGUGCCAAGUUGAACAACUGCUCAGCUGGAAAUCUUCAAUAAAGACUCACUGAGGGGAUGUGUCUGACACUGACAGCUAGGCUGGCUGCUUAUCAGGGGGAAAUGACUUCAGUUAGAGGUCUCUCUGUACUUUAAUCUUUACAAUGUUUUGCAAUUCCACAAAUAACUGUUGGAGUCCAGGCCAAACUGGAAUAAACAGAAGUCGGUCAAAUUGCCUGUCUCAUAGCUCCUACAUUGUACUGGGAUGCCUGGGGUUGCUUUAAGCCCUAAAUACAAUGGACUAGGAACCAUGGUUUUACCUUGAUUUGCCUUUGGGUAAAUGGGUCUUUCCAGGUCAGGAGACCCAGCUUUGCAAGCCUGCUCCAGAGCCAGACGUGGGUCUGAGCUUAGACGUUCCUUACGAAUUCUGAUUCUCUGAGCUUUCACUGAAAGCUGGUCUCCAAGCAUACUCGUAUUCACCAUGGAGACCAAGGUUAAUUACCAGUAUCAGAUGAGGCACUAACCCAAUUCUGUAAAACAGUCACUCUAAAUUUCAAUCUGACAAACUUGGAACAUCCUCCUUUUUCAUCUACUCGAAAACAGACGAAGGACAGGAAGUCUGUCCCUAUUUUGAUUUUGAAAUCAACAUCUAGGACUUGUCAUUUAUAGACCAACAACAAACAUAAAUAGAGAGCUAGUUGUCAAGUGCCUGCCGGUCUGUCCCAUCCUCAGUCAUACCAAAGUGUUAUUGGCAGUGGUGGGCGAUAGUUAGUUCACUAGCUGGCUGUCUCUAUACAGACUAUACACAUUGGCUGUGGUGUGAGACAGCUGUAGACAGCUGUCUUUCGGUCUGUCUAUCUGUAGACUAUCAUUACCUCAUGUGGUAAGCCUCUCCCGUGUUACCCUAGAAACCUGAGUAUACCCCAUAGAGACUACUCCAAUCUCUACCCUGAUCCCUGGGUGGGCUCUCCCAGUCUCUUGUGGCCCCAGAAGGUCAUAUUUACCUGGGUGUUGCUCUGGUCUCCCUUGGCAGCCCUUUCCCGGUCGAGGGCCCAGUUCUGGGUGUUUUCUUUGGUAUGGUAGUCAUUAAUAGAACAAAUAACUGCCUGGUGGAUCGAGUGAUGAGAGCAGGUCAGAUCAACCCCUUGAAUCCUCUUUCUGCAAUGUGAGCAUUUCCCUCAGAGCCUUGGCUUGUGUGUGUGUGUCCCAAGUGCCUUACACUUGGAAACCUCCCUCAGUGAAUCAGCGGUAUUCCUCUAUAAUGGUUUACAGGGGGGUUUGGGUCCUGUGGGUUAAAUCUAUCAGUCUUCCCUCACUGCAGUACUGUCCUCACACAGUUAAUAAAGAUAAUUGAAUUAAGGGAGUUGAGUUAGAGCCCUCUUGGCUCUCUCUGUGUGAUAUCUGGCUUAACCGCUGUUUUCAGCCAUUACCACUAGAGAAGCUGUAUGCAGGUCUCAAUUGUUAUGACAUUAGGCUGGUGGAUUAUGUUACAGUACUGUGGACUUUUCAGUCCGCAUGGUCAGGUUUUCUCCCAACACCAAAUAGUGUCCACUUCAGUACUGGAGCAGUGUGUGUAACCAUGGGCUUUCUCCCAACACUAACUACUGCCCACUCAGAUAUAGGGAUUUCUCUCAACACUAACUAGUGUCCACUUCGGUACCAGGGCAGACUAGAGUGUUGUGUCUGUGGGCCUGCAGCUAUCCCCACUUUAUAUCAGCGGCUGGUUAUCGGUCAUUUGUUGGACGGGCGGAUGCCUCCGCUGGGCAGCGCAGCACUGCUUAAGUAAACAGGAAGACACUAAAGCUGGCCGGAUAAGUGGGCUAGGGUAGCGGCCCUCUAACCGCCCGGCCAGGCCGACUGACGCUGUCUCAAUAUCCCAACCCCCCCUCAACAGUCAGUGCUCCAUAACAGACUUCAGCGGACAUCCAUCCCCGCUCUCCAGCACAACCCUAUUACCCAGAAAAGGUGUGUCACAGUUUAGCCACUGUGUAUGUGUUUCUAUGUUAUUCAGGAGAACAAUAGGUAUCUAUCACCAACACAGAGCCGAUUUGAAGUGGGUGGGUGAAAUUUGAAGUGGGUGGGUGAAUUAUUUCAGUGUCUUUUUCCCAGUGCACACAGCCACCACAGCAAUCCCAUGAUGCCAUUGUGUGUUGUGUUGCAGGCUGUCCUUCUACUCCGGCCACUCCUCCUUCUCCAUGUACUGCAUGCUGUUCCUGGCAGUAAGUAUGCUCUAUGGGGUUUCCUCAAAGGGCAAAUAUGUGCACUCACUAAUAGGGCAUGUAUCAUAGAGCUGGGCGAUAUGGACAAAAAUCCAUAUCAUGAUAAAUGUAUUGAAUUACAACGAUAAAUUGAAAGCAAUGGGCACCAGUUUUUUUAUUUUUUUAUUUUACCUUUAACUACCACUUGAAAUGUAGCCAAAAAUUGUUCCAUCAACAGUCACCCAUAUUAGAAAAUGUAUUUCAUUUCAAACUUCACAUUUCUCUAGUAGGGCCCUAUAGGUUAUUUAUCAUAAUGAACGAUAUCAGCAAAAUGUUCAAGAUAAGUGGUCUGUUUGGUUGGUGUCGAUCAUUUUCGGUUUAUCGUCCCAGCUCUAAUGUAUCAGAUUCAUAUUAGAAAGUAUCAUAUCCAUUAUCAGUUUACAGUGCAGAGACACAGUGGACAUUUAUAGAGGGUCAUUGGAUGUGUUAAUAAUUCUAUAUGAAUAUUUAAUACUCCAAAUGCAGCAAAAAUACCAUGAAUCUGAUAUACACUACCGUUCCAAAGUUUGGGGUCACUUAGAAAUGUCCUUGUUUUUGAAAGAAAAGCAAUUUGUUUGUCCAUUAAAAUAGCAUCAAAUUGAUCAGAAAUACAGUGUAGACAUUGUUAAUGUUGUAAAUGGCUAUAGUAGCUGGAAACGGCUGAUACAUUAUUUUUUUUUGAAUAUCUACAUAGGCCCAUUAUCAGCAACCCUCAGUCCUGUGUUCCAAUGGCAUGUUGUGUUUGCUAAUCCAAGUUUAUCAUUUUAAAAGGCUAAUUGAUCAUUAGAAAACCCUUUUGCAAUUAUGUUAGCACAGCUGAAAACUGUUGUGCUGAUUAAAGAAGCAAUAAAACGGUCCUUCUUGAGACUAGUUGAGUGUCUGAAGCAUCAGCAAUUGUGGGUUCGAUUACAGGCUCAAAAUGGCCAGAAACAAAUAACUUUCUUCUGAAACUUGUCAGUCUAUUCUUGUUGUGAGAAAUGAAGGCUAUUCCAUGCGAGCAAUUGCCAAGAAACUGAAGAUCUCGUACAACGCUGUGUACUACUCCCUUCACAGAACAGUCUCUAACCAGAAUAGAAAGAGGAGUGGGAGGCCCCGGUGCACAACUGAGCAAGAGGACAAAUACAUUAGUGUCUAGUUUGAGAAACAGAUGCCUCACAGGUCCUCAACUGGCAGCUUCAUUAAAUAGUACCCGCAAAACACCAGUCUCAACGUCAAAAGUGAAGAGGCGACUCCGGGAUGCUGACCUUCUAGGCAGAGUUGCAAAGAAAAAGCAAUAUCUCAGACUGGCCAAUAAAAGAUUAAGAUGGGCAAAAGAACACAGACACUGGACUUUUUCUUUGCAACUCUGCCUAGGUCAGCAUCCCGGAGUCACCUCUUCACUGUUGACGUUGAGACUAAUGUAUUUGUCCUCUUGCGCAGUUGUGCACCGGGGACUCCCACUCUUUCUAUUCUGGUUAGAGCCAGUUUGCGCUGUUCUGUGAAGGGAGUAGUACAAAGCGUUGUACGAGAUCUUCAGUUUAUUGGCAAUUGCUCUCAUGGAAUAGACUUCAUUUCUCAGAACAAGAAUGGACUGAUGAGUUUCAGAAGAAAGUUAUUUGUUUCUGGCCAUUUUGAGCCUGUAAUUGAACCCAUAAUUGCUGAUGCUCCAGAUACUAAACUAGUCUCAAGAAGGCCAGUUUUAUUGUUUCUUUAAUCAGCACAACAGUUUUCAGCUGUGCUAACAAUUGCAAAAGGGUUUUCUAAUGAUCAAUUAGCCUUUUAAAAUGAUAAACUUGGAUUAGCAAACACAACGUGCCAUUGGAACACAGGACUGAUGGUUGCUGAUAAUGGGCCUAUGUAGAUAUUCCAUUAAAAAUCAGCCGUUUCCAGCUACAAUAGAAUUUACAACAUUAACAAUAUCUACACUGUAUUUCUGAUCAAUUUGAUGUUAUUUUAAUGGACAAAAAAUGUGCUAAGUGACCCCAAACUUUUGAACGGUAGUGUACGUCGUCGGCAAGUAAAUCAGAUUUGUUAGACCAACUGAGUUUACUGCAGCGCAGAGACGUACAGUAUAUACUGAACAAAAAUAUAAACGUAACUGAGUGGCGCAGUGGUCUAAGGCAUUGCAGUGCUAGCUGUGCCACUAGAGAUCCUGGUUCGAAUCCAGGCUCUGUCGCAGCCGGCCGCGACCGGGAGACUCAUGGGCAGCGCACAAUUGGCCUAGCGUUGUCCAGGGUAGGGGAGGGAAUGGCCGGCAGGGAUGUAGCUCAGUUGAUAGAGCAUGGCGUUUGCAACGCCAGGGUUGUGGGUUCGAUUCCCACGGGGGACCAGUAUGAAAAAAAAAAAAUAUAUAUAUAUAUAUAUAUAUACUAAAAAAAAUGUAUUCACUAACUGUAAGUCGCUCUGGAUAAGAGCGUCUGCUAAAUGACUAAAAUGUAAAUGUAAAUGGAACAAUUAACGAUUUUACUGAGUUAUAUUUAAUGUAAGGAAAUCAGUCAAUUGAAAUAAAUAAAUUAGGCCCUAAUCUAUGGAUUUCACAUGACUGGGCAGGGGCGCAGCCAUGUGUGGGCCUGGGAGGGCAUAGGCCUACCCACUUGGGAGCCAGGCCUACCAAAUCACAUUGAGUUUUACCCCACAAAAGGGCUUUAUUACAGACAGAAAUACUCCUCAGUUUCAUUAGCUGUCCGGGUGGCUGGUCUCAGACGAUCCCCUAGGUGAAGAAGCCGGAUGUGGAGGUCCUGGGCUGGCAUGGUUACACGUGGUCUGCAGUUGAGGCUGGUUAGACGUACUGCCAAAUUCUCUCAAAUGACAUUGGAGGUGGCUUAUGGUAGAGAAAUGAACAUUUACUUCUCUGGCAAUAGCUCUGUCGGACAUUUCUGCAGUCAGCAUGCCAAUUGCACUCUCCCUCAGCUUGAGACAUCUGCGGCAUUGUGUUGUGACAAAACUGCACAUUUGAGUGGCCUUUUGGCCCCAGCACAAGGUGCACCUGUGUAAUGUUCAUGCUGUUUAAUCAGCUUCUUGAUAUGCCACACCUGUCAGGUGGAUUAAUUAGCUUGGCAAAGUUGAAAUGCUCACUAACAGGGAUGUAAUCAAAUUUGUGCACAAAAUAAGACAAGCUUUUUGUGGGUAUAGAACAUUUCUGGGAUCUUUUAUUUCAGUUCAUGAAACAUGGGACCAACACUUCACAUGUUGCGUUUAUAUUUUUGUUCAAUAUACUUGUUGACAUACAGUACAUGGUUCAGAUUCAUAUUAGAGAACUGAUUUUACCUCAAGUUCACUACAGUGCAGAGACAUGGGAUGAUAAAUAUAAAGGCCCAUUGCAUACAUCGAAUACUGAUACUCAAAAUGCAGCAAAACAUAUCAGUGCACUACGUUGAUCUUUACUGGGGUGUAGACAGUUAUGUUGGCUUAGACAGCUGUGGAUGGUCAACAAAGUCGUGUAUUUUGUGAGCUGGGUCUCUGACUAUAACACACUAAAUGGACCCUAGUUCUGUUAUCUUAGAAACAGGAUGUCCUUCUUCAGGUGAUGCAGGACUCAGGUGUACAGCAAUGCUUUACACACUAAUACACCCUUUCAUUACCUACAGUAACCUUGGGUAAGGUGGCAUAUCUUUCUAUAGUAUGUUUGUUAAAGCCAACAAAACAGCACAUUGACAGAGGUAGCCUGUGCUAUUUUGCUCCCUCCAGGAACCAAACUUCAGUUAUGAGUAAGACUGAUGAGCAUAACAACCAUUACCCCUAUACGUCGACAAACAGAUCAAAGGUCGUGGGGGACAAAGUCCUGGCACUGUACCGAGUGCAGACAAUUACUGCAGCAAAUGGAACUGUGUCACAAAGGCAGUUAAGACCUUCAAACAGCAGUUUUAAAGUCCAAGAACAGAGAGAGGUGUGUCCAGUCUAUCUCUGCAUACCAGUAAAAUCACAAUGCGAAUGAGAAGUUCAUAGUCUAUUUUAAGAAGCGUCACUGGUUUGUUUUCCUUUUAAAAUGAAUAGACCAGACACACUCGUCAUUGUACAAACACAUUCAGAACUACUGAGUCGAGCAGAUUUUUGUCCCAUUGAACAAAAUGAUCCAAGGGUACAGACAGGCCAUAACCAUGUACACUGAUUUGGAAAAUGUAUUACACUAUGAUAAGCAGUCAACUUUGGAGUUGGAAAUGGCUCUAAAUUGAACAGUAGAUUAUUAGAUUACACUUGUUUUGAUAUGUUGAUCUAUUUCACUCACUUAUCUCUACUGUAUAUGGAAUUUGACAUUUCAAGGCCUUAACUUUAUCAAUUUAUAGGCCUAGUAAAAUGGGCAGAAGGCUGAUUGGUUGGUUAAAUACUACUUUGGAAGUUUUAACUGUGCAGUAGGUUUAUAUCCAGGACUUGAGAAGCUGCCAUGUAGAGCAGUUAGAGUGCGGAGUCAGAGUUGGUUUAAGAAAACAGCAUCAAAACCAGAAUGAUGUUUGCAUACACACAAACAAUAACCAGAACACACAGUGGCAAAACCAGCUCAUAAACAUCAAUGGAGGAGCAGAAAACCAGACUUUCAAACAGUAGUCAACACGAACCUCAAGAAGAAAACAAAAGAGGAUUAAACCAUGGCAACUACUGGUUUCAACCUACAAUUGCUCUGGCAACGUUGCUAUGCAGCAGAUGCUGUGCUCCACCCACCCUUGUGUUGUGUGCAAGGUUGGGUAUUGUGACAGCAAACCAAUUUGUUGUAAAAUUAACAAUAAAGUAUAAUUGUAGUCUAACAGGUCAAAUUAGUAUUAAAUCCAUUUAGAGUAACUCAUUUCCAUUUUAACUUGCCGAACAAGUUUAGUAGUAAAAACCACAAGGACUUUUUUUUUUACACCUUUAUUUAACUAGGCAACUCUUUAAACUCAUUUCCAUCUGUCUCCCAGCUGUACAUCCAGGCUAGACUGCAGGCAGAGUGGGCUAGACUCCUGAGACCAACACUCCAGUUCUUCGCGAUCGCUGCAUCCGUGUACACUGGCCUGUCACGUGUGUCCGACUACAAACACCACUGGAGCGACGUCCUGGCUGGCCUUAUUCAGGGGGCACUCAUGGCCAUACUGGUGGUGAGUUACCACCACACUGCUACAUUUGGUUAAGGCAAUUCAGCUUUAUUUGUCACAAUGAAAAUUGGUCUCCUACUCUUAGCUACUAUUACCCUGAGGUUAGAGGGGUAUUUCACCCAGACCCCAUGAUUUGUAGUCAAAAGGUGUCUCCUGACCUGAGAUACUAUAUAGACCUAUACAUGUCCCACUUUAAAGCCUUACUUCUUUACUUUCUACCUAAGUAGCCAUAUAGCCAAUCUCUUCAAUAAAAUCAUGAACACUUGUCUUUCCCCUGCAGGUAUUUUUCGUGUCAGACUUCUUCAAGAAGAGGGUGGAACCUCAGGAGGUGGAGAUUCCCCAUACCAGCCUGCAAGAGACACCCACUAACGGAAACCAUUACGACAGCAGCCCCAACUAA